GGAAGAAGUCUUCUGACAGGUCGACGAGUUCUUUUAUUUGUAUGUUUUCGCUUUAAUUUCCACAAUUGCCUUCUAAAAUCAUCGAAAUAUCUGCUGCAACAAUGUGGAAAUGUCACAAGUGCGGCAAACCGGUCUACUUCGCUGAAAGAAAGCAGUCCUUGGGAUACGACUGGCAUCCGGAGUGUCUACGUUGCGAAGAAUGCGGCAAACGUCUGAAUCCCGGCCAGCAUGCUGAACACAAAGGUGUUCCUUACUGUCAUGUGCCUUGCUAUGGGGCACUUUUUGGUCCUCAAUUAUUCGGCCAUGGAACACGCGUUGAAUCUCACAAAAGUUUCGGACAGCAAAAAGAGUCUCCAAAGAUGGGAAACGGACCAACUAUUCCACGCAAUCAUGUCGAAUCCAAACUCAAAGCAUACAAUCAGUACUUUGAUGGAAAAUCCGGCGAGAUUCGAAGCAGAGAAGUCAAUGGUAGAUUAGUCCUUGAAGGAUCUCUCAGGAUACACUGGGGAGUACAAGGAGUCAUCCACUUGAAAGAGAAUGAUGAUCAGAGAACAGUAGUCACAGUCAGGAAAAGAAACUCCAGAAUAAGUUCAGAAUAUGACUCAGAUGAGGAUAUUCAGGACAUCACCACAGACAGCAGUUGUUACAACUUGUCUCUAUCAACAGAUGUCAUGCUAUCAUCCACAGAUACUCUUAGUCCAGAUGAAAAACUCGAAGAUUGCGUUGCACCUAUCAAUGUACCCAAUAACACAGAUGAAUCAACAUCUGAAGACAUUGAUAAUGAUUCAAAACAAGUUUUAAAUGGCCAGGGACAAAGUCAAACACUGCCUAUGAAACUGGACAUCAAGAAUGUCGAAUGGGAUGAGCUGGAUGAUUUGCUCCAGGUCGAAAGGAAGGUUGAUGAAGGCGAGAAAUUGUAUAGAACAAUGCCGGCGCCUUUAAUCGCACAAUCCAGCGUGGAAAAUUCAACUUCCACGGAUUCCAGUUCCACAGAAAAGGCUGAUCAGGAAGUAAGCACGAUUACCGAACAAACUUUAACGAUUAAUGGUAAUAAUUCAGUCGAAAAUGGUGAUUAUGACUAUGAAAAUGGAGAUAUGACACUUUCCACACACACGAAUACCAGAACUGAUAUGCAAACCCCCACACAGACGGAGACUAGUGAUACGAAAGCCACGAUGGAGAAUUCCUGGUCAGAGAGCAACCAUCUGAAUAGAUCCAUGUCAGGGCCGGAUUGUUUGGAGAGAAUGAGGAAUCAUUCACCGGAAUUUGAUCGGUCUUCCGCUAGUAUGACUAGUUGUGACACAAGUCGUGAUACAGAAGAUAGUGAAGUGGUUGUAAGAAGAGCGGCGAAGAGUGGAUCAACAGCAAUUAAAAGACGGCCCGGAAAAAGACUCUCAAGGUCGAAAAUUAAACGCAGAUGCUCGAUAAAUGGACAUUUUUAUGAUAGAGAAACGAGUUUUUUUACGCCUCCACAUGGAAGCCAAAUGAGUGUUUGGGUAACGUCUUUAGUCAACACUCAGGAGGUGAUUAAUCUGUUGCUGGAGAAGUAUAAAGUGGAGAGUUACAGCAAUAAUUUUGCACUUUUUGCUGUGAGAGAUAAUGGAGAACAAAAGAAGCUCAAAGCAGAAGAUUAUCCACUUCUUUCACGUGUCCUUCUAGGGCCUCAUGAGGAUGUGGUCAGAUUGUUCCUCAUGGACAGCAAUAGCACCCUGGAAGUGAGUAGUGAGGUAGCGCAGUUUCUGAAUCUCACUCUCGCUGAAUGCCGCGGUAUUCUCAACCAGUACUACACUCAGGAAGAGCGUGAAAUUGCGCGUAUUCGCGAAAAACACGCGGAAUUAAGAUGGCGCAUCAAGGCGCGCAUGGAGGAACUCAAAGUUCGCCUGUAGAAUAUAAACCACUAGAGUAACACGCGAAUAUCUAAAAUAAAACUACGAAUAUCUAUAAUCUCUCUUAGUUUGUUAAUUCGUAGAGAAUUUGUUGUGAUUAUAUCAAGCAAUAUCAAUCUAUUGAUGAUUGAUAAAAAUCUAUUGUAUUAACUCGAACGAAUCGAAUAUUGCGCCUAAUUUAACAUGGUUGUAACUUAUUAUUCAGUUAGGUGUGCGAAUUAACCAGGCCAGUAUCUACUAAAUUAGUUAAUAACACACUUUGUACUCUUCCAACACUGACAUGUCGACUAAAACUAUUAAUCUAAGGUCUAGAAUUUCGUCUUUAACGCUGUGUUGUAACGAGAUAAAAAUCUUUUUAGAUUAAGCAAAUGAUAUUAAGACUGUUAUACAUAGUUGAUACAUAUAAACUUAUAAACUACU